AUGCCUCGCAACGACAUGCCCCCGGAGCUCAGUGACCUCCACUGCUUCACCGAGACCAACGGCGUCAUCACGACGACCAUGAUCGACAUCCCCGGCUACCGCGUCGUGCGCGUGCUCGGCGCCGUCUACGGCCUGACCGUGCGCUCGCGCAACUGGGCCGCCGGCCUCGGCAUGGUUCUCAAGAGCAUGGCCGGCGGCGAGCUGAGAUGGUUUACCCAUUUGCUCUACUCGGCCCGCAACGAUGCGAUUUCGCGCGUGGUCAACGAGUGCCAGAGCCGCGGCGGCAACGCGGUGAUUGCGCUGCGGUUCGACGCCGGCGACAUGGGCGGCUUUGCGCAGGUCUGCGCGUACGGCACGGCCUGCGUUGUCGAGAAGAUUGACGAGCAGCUGCCCGAGUACCCGCAGCUGGUCCGGCAGCAGCUGCUGAACCAGGUGUAA